CGGCGGAGAAAGGCAUGACAAAAUGAGUGUCCCAGCUUUCAUCGACCUUGAUAUCCCAGAUCAGACAUCGGAAUUGCGAAGUUACCUGAAGUCACUCGGAGCAGAGAUAUCUGAAGAAAACACAGAGGCAGGCUUGGUGACAGACCUGAAAAAUAUCAUAGAAGCUAGCACAGUGUGCUGGAAAGAGAUCAAAGAUGAUGCAGAUGUGGAGAUGGUAUUUAAUGGCAUCAUUUCCCUGAUGGUUUUUGUGCCAGCUGAGAAGGCAGAAGAAGUAAUAACGCUAUUUUGCGAAAAAGUGGGCAAAGCUCCUCAAGGAGAAAAACGUGGUCACGUCAGGAUAAAAUUGUUAUUGAAUCUACUUGGAAUUGAUGAAUCUUCACCCAACCGGUACACAGUUUACUGUAGUCUGGUGAGAUUAGGUGGCCAAACAGAUUUACUUCACCUGGUUCCCACAGACUUGGAGAAGAUCAAGCUGUGGAUAGAGAAAUGGGAGCUCAGCACACAGAAGGUCCAGCACUUGCUGAGGACUGUACAUGGCGCAUUUCAAGAAACCAAAAUGAGCGAAAAUGCCACAAAAGUGAUGAUAGAGUUGCUAGGGACAUACACAGAAGACAACGCCUCUCAAGCCAGAGAUGAUGCUCACAGGUGUAUAGUAACUUGUCUGGCAGACCCAAACACCUACCUGAUGGACCAUUUACUAACAUUGAAACCUGUGAAAUUCCUGGAAGGAGAACUCAUACAUGAUCUUCUCACAAUAUUUGUCUCAGGAAAGUUAACUCAGUACUUGCAGUUCUACAAAAACAACACAGAUUUUGUCACAUCAUUAGGCUUGUCUCAUGAACAGAACCUGAAGAAAAUGCGUUUGCUGACCUUUAUGCAGUUGGCAGAAGGAAAGAAAGAAGUUGAAUUUGAACAGAUUCAGAAAGAAAUGGAACUGAAUGAAGAUGAUGUUGAAGAUUUCAUCAUAGAAAUUUUGAAGACCAAAUCAGUACGAGCAAAAAUUGACCAGACUCAGAAGAAAGUAAUCAUCAGUUACACAACACAGCGUACGUUUGGAAGACAACACUGGCAGAUGUUACGCCAAUACCUGGAGGAAUGGCAUUCGAACUUGGAAGCCGUGAGGAACAGCUUACAGACUCUGGCUAUGAUGCCAACAGGCCCUGCAGCUCAGUGACAACUGCUAUCUCACCUUAACGCCAAUGCCACAGAAGUGACAGUAGAUAUCUGGCCUCUUUGACUGGAAUGCCAGUGUAACCGGCUACAUAACUUCAAGAACUUGUAAUAAUGGUAUCAGAACUAUUUUGUGGAGUGCAGUAAUACAUGCACUUUUAUGAUGGUUGCCUUCAGACAUACAAACAUAUAAAGCCACGUUGACACAAUACGGUUUGGCAUAACCAAUUCAACAAAGUUGACAAGUCAACAUGUAAACUGUCAUUUGAUCUUAGUUGAAUGCUACAAAUUGAAUGAAAUGUAGAAUGUCAACUCGCACGCAGAAUGUCUGUAGAAAAAUCGUACUCAGUAAGCGAGUCAUGGUAUGAUUUCCACGGCUGCAUAACUUAGGUUAGUAACAAGAAAUAAUUUAGCAUGGUCAUUUUUUGAGUCAAAGAAUUUUAGAGAUGGCUGCCAGAUUCAUUAAGAUCAGAUUUACUAUUUAUUCAUUACCCUCAUUCAGAAACAUUUUGAGGAGACUUCUCUAUUCUGUUGUGUCACUUCUGUAUCACCUUUGAUUCUAUGGUAUUAUUUUCAUGACGUGGAAAUAUGCUGACCAGUCAUGGUGCGUAAUAAUUAAAUCCAUUGAUCCAAACUAA